AGGCUCCUUGUCGAUAUGCAGUUGAAACCAUUCUCCGUUCUUUCCGCCUGUCUGCUCCUUUCUACCGUCAAGGGCCAACUAUCGGGCUCCGUCGGUCCCUCAACCUCCCUCGCGGACAAGGCAGCAGUAAAGACCUGCAAUGUCCUCGACUAUGGCGCGACCAACGACAACACAACCGAUGUUGGCCAACCGAUCAUGGAUGCCUUCGAGGACUGCGGGUCCGGAGGAGUCAUAUAUAUACCAGAGGGCGACUAUUUGCUACAAGAAUGGGUUUCUCUCGAAAAUGGCACCGCUUUCGCAGUCCAGCUAGAUGGUGUGAUCUACCGCAACGGAACCACAACCUCUCAAGGGUAUAUGUUUGGUAUCUCUGGCGGUAGUGACUUCGAACUGUAUAGCAGCACGUCCAAGGGGGCGAUUCAAGGUAGUGGAUAUCUGUAUCAUAUGAACGGGCAGUUUACGGCACCGAGGUUGCUGCAUAUAUCUGGCGUGUCGGAUUGGUCGGUUCACGAUAUCGCUCUGGUUGAUGCACCUAUGUUCCAUUUCGUCAUUGAUGAUGGAAGCAAUGGAGAGGUCUACAAUAUGGCUAUUCGGGGAGGGAACUCAGGUGGUCUCGAUGGGAUUGAUGUGUCUGGGGAUAAUAUUUGGAUUCAUGAUAUCAUGGUGACAAACAAGGAUGAAUGUGUCACGGUCAAGACAGGUUCCCACAAUUUCCAGAUCGAAAAUAUAUACUGCAACUGGAGCGGUGGAUGCGCCAUGGGCUCCUUGGGCAGUGGAGCGAAUGUCAGCAACAUAGUCUACCGCAAUGUUUAUACGUGGAAUUCGAAUCAGAUGUACAUGGUCAAGAGCAACGGAGGUGACGGUGAGGUGUCAAACGUUCUUUUCGAGAACUUCAUUGGUCACGGAAAUGCCUAUUCGCUCGACCUUGACAGUGAAUGGAGCAGCAUGGAUACCAUUGACGGUGACGGGAUCUUCUACCAUAACAUAACUUUUAAGAACUGGAAGGGUACCGAGUCGGAUGGCCAGACCCGACCACCGAUUCGGGUUGUCUGCCCAGACGCCACGCCCUGCACAGAUAUCACCAUUGAGGACAUUGAUCUCUGGACAGAAGACGGGGACUCUGAGACCUAUGUCUGUAAAAAUGCAUAUGGCUCUGGUGCCUGCCUCCAGAGUGAUUCUUCUUCUACCGUUACAUACGCCAGUACAGCUACAGUGACCGCUGCACCUACUGGCUAUUCAGCCACGACUUUGGCAGCGGACUUGACGAGCGCUUUCGGAACAGAUGCGUCUAUCCCUAUCCCAACUAUUCCAACUUCGUUUUACCCCGGGAAGCGAUUGAAGCGAACGUCACUUCGUCCUCCACCAAUACAGUUGGGUGUGCCUUUCACAAAAAUGGAGCUGAAAUACAUCCUUAUCCUCACAGCCCUCUAUAUCGCUUUUCGCGUCCUCAAGAGUCGUGCCUCUGACCCCGCUGCCACCAUGCCCCACGGAAAAGUCGUCGAGGUUGACAACCCUGUCAUCUUCAAGGCCCUCACCUCCUCUGGCCCCGUCGUCGUCGACUUCUUCGCGACCUGGUGCGGUCCUUGCAAGGCCGUCGCCCCCGUCGUCGGAAAGCUCAGCGAAACCUACACCAACGUGCGCUUCAUCCAGGUCGACGUCGAUAAGAACCGUCAGGUCGCGCAAGAGAUGAAAGUGAGAGCCAUGCCGACGUUUAUCGUGUUCAAGGACGGCCAGCCAUAUGGAGAGCCCAUUGUGGGCGGAAACAUGAAGGCCCUGGAGGAUAGAAUCAAGGAAAUUGCGGCAUAA